AUGUCUCCUUUGAUAUAUGUCCUAUGUUCUGAAGGCUUGACUCAGAUAAUCAGUUCAGCAAUCCUAGAUAAAUCCCUUCAAGGCAUUAAACUCAAUUACAGAUGUCCAACAAUCACCCAUUUGCUUUUUGCGGAUGAUACCAUAAUCUUCUCCAAGGCCACCCUUCCUGCAAUCUUAAACAUCCAGCUUAUCCUCAAUACAUAUGCCCAACAAAGUGGUCAGUGCAUCAAUUACAAAAAAUCUUCAGUUUUCUACAGCGCAAAUGUAGAUGAGUACCAAAGCCAGCUAUAUACUGAGAUGUUAGGCAUUCCGCAAAAUGCAAUUCAGGAAAAGUACUUGGGCCUUCCGUAUCAAAUUUUGAGAUCCAAAAAUCAGACCUUCUCACACAUCAUCUCUGCUAUUGCUUCAAAAUUAGCCGGAUGGAAAGAAAAUUUUUUAUCCUCAGCAGGGAAGGAAAUUAUGAUUAAAGCAGUUGCAAUGGCUAUCCCAAUUUAUGGCAUGAUGUGUUUCAGACUUCCACAGUCUCUUUGCCAUCGUAUUCACCACCUAGUUAGACAGUUCUGGUGGGGUCAGAAAGAAUCUGAAAAGAAAAUGUGCUGGAUAGCUUGGAGUAAGAUGAGCCACAGAAAAUGGGAAGGGGGUCUAGGGUUUAAGGAUUUGCAAGCAUUCAAUCAAGCCCUUUUGGGUAAACAAUUCUGGAGAAUUAUGAAAAAUCCUAACUCUUUGCUUUACAAAGUCUAUCAAAGCAAGUAUUUUCCUUCUUCUACAAUACUUGAGGGCAGAUUGUCUGGACGGCCAUCAUGGGGAUGGAGAAGUUUGCUUUGGGGUAGAGAUCUCCUUAUGAAAGGAUUGCGCUGGCAAAUUAACAGUGGAUCAUCACUCCAAUACUUUCGGGAUCCCUGGAUACCGGGGUCUUACCCCUUUCUUCCAAAACCCUUAUUUCUACAGACACCGCUCUCAGGAAGGAUAUCGGAGUUAAUUAAUCCAGUCACACGGGAUUGGAAUUCAGCAUUAAUCUUGAACACAUUUGCGAAAGAAGAUGCUGACAGAAUUCUUGCUCUACCAUUACCUUACUGGCCUCAUGAAGAUAGACUGAUUUGGCACUACAAACCUGACGGAGAAUAUACAGUCAAGUCUGGAUAUCAUAUUGCUCUCAAUAACGGAUUCAGAGAAUAUACUUCGCUGAUAACCCAAUUAUCCAAACAGGACUGGAAAUACUUAUGGGAGUUAUCAUUACCAAAUAAAAUCAAGAUAUUCAUUUGGCGCUGCAUACAUGAUGGUUUGCCAACGGGAGCUGCACUCCAUCAACGACUUCUUCUUCCCCCAGACUGCUCUUACUGCACUGAACGUGAAACAUUAACCCACCUCCUAUUCACUUGCCCAUUCGCUAAACAGAUAUGGUUUAAAGGACCACUCCAUUACCGAUCAACUGCUGACAUUUCAUCAAAUUUUGCAAUCCAAUGGAAGAAAAUUACAAUGCAGCUUAAAGAUCUCGACCCUGGUAACAAAGCCAUAACUAUCUUUGGCUUUUCUUUGUGGCACAUCUGGAAAGCCAGGAACAACCUCAUUUUCAAAGAUGAUAUACCCACACCUGAGGACACAAUCCACAGUAUUUUAAGGGACGCAGAAGAAUUCCAGCAGUCCAUGAAAAAAUCACCGAUUCCUCAUCCUUGUAGAUCAAGCAAUCACAUUCACAUCACAAAUAUCCAAGGAAUUCCGACAGGAUUUAUAAAGCUAAAUUAUGAUGCUGCUGUCGAUGCACGAAAGAAAAGAGGUUUUGUAGGAAUUGUGUCUAAAGAUGAACAUAUGUGCUUGAAAGGUAAGUUCUCGGCAGCAUACAGAUUUAUUUGGGACCCGGGCAUUUUGGAAAUGUUGGCUCUUCGAGAAGCAAUGAAUUGGGCAAUUUCAAAAGGUUGGAAAAAUACAAUCUUCGAAUGUGAUGCUCUCCAAAUUACCACUAUAAUCAAAUCUCAAAAAUGCUCCAUAGCAAGUCUUCAAGGUGUUUGUGCAGAUAUCUGGCAUCUUCAAAAUUCCUUCGAUAAUAUUGUCUUCCAAUCAGUACCUCGACAACAAAACACAGAAGCGCAUAAUUGGGCUGGUGGUGUUGCGGUUUGUGGUGCUGGAAUCACUGACAGAGACUUGGUGUUGGCUUAUUUGAGGCUGAAGCCGACUGAGUUUGCAGGCGACGGCGACGCCCUAGAUUUUCUGGAGGAGGUUGAGCAGAAUGCUCAGAGACUACAGGCUUCUGAGAGACAGACCGUUAUGCUAGUGGAGAUGUCCUUGAAGGGUGCUGCAAAUGACUGGUUUCGCAGGGAGAUUCGCGCAGUUAUGGCUACUAUUACAUGGGCGGACUUUGUGACACAAUUCAAGGAAUUUUAUCUACCUUUCUCAGUGACAGAAGGUUUCAGAGACAGACUGCUGGUUCUGAGGAGAGGAGACAGAUCAGUACAUGAGUACACUACUGAGUUUCUGAGACUAAGUCGCUUUGCCCCAGAUCUGCAGACUGACCAGCAGAGGGCAAAUUUACUGCACUUUGGGAGAAUGACUGAGACGAAGAAGGCGAGCGGUGUUGUUCAGACGAGUGGGCAGCAUGGUGGUAGCAACAGCUAUCAGCACAAGCCUUCCCAAUACAAGAGUCAGAAAGGGGGUGUUCGAAAAGGGUAUCAGCCGUAUUCUCACAAGGGUGACAGUGGUGAUGUGCAUGGUGUUCUAAUAGUGAAUGAGUUCACUGAUGUAGCUGAAAGAGCUGAAGAAACAGUUACAGGAAUUGCUUGA